CGUAAGUUCGACUGCAUGUUACUUAACAUUCCCCUGGCUAUAAAAGCCCAGGAAUGGAUACCCGAAACCAUCAGUUGUUUACCAAUCCAACCUAGCGCAACAUGAAGCUGUUCUUCGUCGUCGCAUUUUUGGCUGUUGCUGCCGCCGUUCCAUCCAGCUACAAACCGGAAUACACUCCCAGCUAUCCUGCCUCAAACUACCCUGCACCAAAGUACCCCGCACCAGCAUAUCCCGCACCAGCCUAUCCUACUCCCAGCUAUAACAAGGAUAACAAAUAUGUUGAUAUCACCAUCACCAGCCAAUCUGACGAGCGCAACCUCGAUGGCAGCAGUCAAUGGAGCUACGCACAAUCUGACUACACAACUCGGGAAGAGUCUCAGGUCCAGAAGAAAAUGCAAGGAGUCACGUACGACUCUUAUGGAAAAGAAUCGUACGGUGAAGUCCUAGGUAACACCAACAAGGGAUCCUCUUACUGGGUUUCUCCUGAAGGGCAGAAAUUCACUUUGACGUGGACUGCUGAUGAUGCUGGAUUCCAGCCCAAAGGUGACCACUUGCCCGUUCCUCCCGUCCACGAAUACGAACUUCCAGUCGCCCCUGUCCACAUCCCUUUCAACGGUAAAGGCUACAAGAUCUAUUAAACUAAUGAUAUCUCAGUGGAAUAAAUAAUAUAAGGCCCUGCUUUCGGUGUAUAAACGUGUAAAUAUAACGCAGAGACUAUCUGGCAAA